AUGGCUGGAGACAAAGAAACACAAGAUAUCGCUGCAGUUUUGGAUUCAACUAAUCCACUAUACAUGCAUCCAUCGGAAAGUGCUGGAACAGUUUUGGUACCAGUAGCAUUUGACAGCACCGGAUACAGAUCCUGGAGGAGAGGUGUUCUUAGAGCCCUCUCUAUGGAGAACAAGGUCGGAUUUAUCACCAGAAAGUGUAAGAAACCUAAUGCCGGAGAGGCGAGCUAUGAUCAAUGGGCGAGGUGCGAUGACAUGGUGACGUCAUGGAUUCUAAACUCGCUCUCAAAGGACUUGGCUGAUGGCUUACAAUAUGUGAGUGACGCAAAGGAACUAUGGCAAGAGCUCGAGGACAGGUAUGAUCAGACCAACGGAGCGAAACUCUAUCAGUUGCAAAAGGAAAUUAAUGACCUAAAUCAAGGAACCCUAGACAUAACUAGAUAUUACACCAAAAUGAAAAAGCUAUGGGAGGUGCUUAAUACCUUGAGUGCACAUGCCCAGUGUAGAUGCCAGUGCACAUAUGGUGCCAAGGCAAAUAUGUAUAAAGCAGAACAGGAUCGAAGGUUAAUUCAAUUUCUAAUGGGGCUCAAUGAAGUUUACACAGUUGUCAGGGGAAGUAUCCUGAUGAUGAACCCUUUGCUUAGUAUUGCACAGGCAUUUUCUAUUCUUAUCCAAGAGGAAAAGCAGAGAGAAAUUAGGCCAAAUAAUCACCUAAUCAUGGAGUCCACUUCUCUAAAUGUCAAUGGGCCAGGAAAUAACAGAUUUAGGACCAAUUAUAACCCACAGGGCAACACUGUAGGACAGAACUCUUAUAGACCUGCAUUUCCACCAAAUAGGUCCAAGUUGUUCUGUGAUUACUAUAAGAAGCGGGGACAUACCAAAGAAAAAUGCUAUAAAUUGCAUGGAUUUCCACAAGACUUCAAAUUUACAAGGGGAAGAAAUGCUGGAUCUGCCACAAAUGUACAUGGUCGGUGUGAGGAAAUACAAGUAUGCAACAAUGAAGAUGCUGAGAGCAGGAAUCAAAAUCAGAACCUUCAGAACCUGACAAGAGAAUAA